AUGGCCUUCCCGCCCCCUCCCGAUGCCAAGUCGGCUCUUGGCUGGCACCGCAUCCUCUCUCCAUCCGCCGGUGUGAGGGUGUCGCCACUCUGCCUGGGUGCCAUGAACUUUGGCGACGCCUGGAAGCAGUUCAUGGGCGAGUGCGACAAGAAGACAGCCUUCGAGAUCCUCGACUACUUCUUCGAGAACGGCGGCAAUUUCAUCGACCAGGGUGAGGAGAGUGAGGAGUGGAUCGGCGAGUGGAUGAAGGAGCGCAACAACCGCGAUCAGAUUGUCCUUGCUACCAAGUAUACCACGUGCUACCCGUCCGGAAAGGGUGGUGAGUCGAUCAAGAUCAACUUCCAGGGCAACCACGCCAAGAGCCUGAAGGCAUCGGUCGCCGCGAGCUUGAAGAAGCUGCAGACCGACUACAUCGACCUGCUCUACCUGCACUGGUGGGACUUCUCCACCUCCGUCCCCGAGGUCAUGCAGAGUCUGCACCACCUCGUCCAGUCCGGCAAGGUCACCUACCUGGGUGUCUCCGACACGCCCGCCUGGGUCGUCAGCAAGGCCAACCAAUACGCCCGAGACCACGCCCUGACCCCCUUCUGCGUCUACCAGGGCCGCUGGAGCGCCGCGGACCGCGACUUCGAGCGCGAGAUCAUCCCCAUGGUGCGCGACGAGGGCAUGGCGCUGGCGCCAUGGGGCGCGCUGGGCGGCGGCGCCUUCAAGCUGGAGGACGAGUUCGCCCAGUCCGACGGCCGCAAGCUGCGCCCGCAGAGCGACAACGCGAAGAAGGUGACGGUGGCGCUGGACCGCCUGGCCAAGGCCAAGGGCACCCUCAUCACCAGCAUCGCCCUCGCCUACGUCAUGCACAAGGCCCCCUACGUCUUCCCCAUCGUCGGCGGCCGCAAGGUCAGCCACCUCAAGGGCAACAUCGAGGCCCUGAGCCUCGAGCUGUCCAAGGACGAGAUCCAGGAGAUUGAGGACGCCGUGCCGUUCGAUGUGGGCUUCCCCGCCAGUAUGUUGUUCGAGUUCUUUGGCCAGCAGAAGUGGCAUUCGGAGAUGAGCACGUACGACAUCCCGCUCGUCAAGGCUUCUGGUCACCUGGACACUGUGCAGCACGUUCAGCCUAUCAAGCCGCGGAAGGUUUGA